AUGUAUCUGAUAAAAGGUCUAAUCGUCGGACUACUGGUUGAACAAGCGCAAGCCCAGAUAACCCCAACUCCGGUAUCUGAACCUGUUCCAACAGUUUUACCCUCUGAUGUUGUAUCAUCAGAAACUAUUCCUCCAGCUUUACUAUCAGAAUCUGUACAAUCCAAGUCUCCAGUCACUGAGCCUACUCCAACAAUUUUGCCAUCUGACACUAUACAACCCGAAUCUCCAACUAAGCCUGCUUCAACAGAACCUACUUCAACAGAACCUACUUCAACAGAACCUACUCCAAUACUUUCACCAUCUGACACUACAAUACCUAAAUUACCAUCAACAGAGUCUCCAGUUGAAUCUACGUCAAUAGAAUCUAUACCCUCUAGCACUCUACCACCCGAGUCUCCAAUAGGAUCUACUCCAACUGGAACAACUCCAACAGAAUCAGAACAAUCAAUACCACCCGAGUCUACAUCACCAGAAUCAAUACCAACAGAACCUACUCCAACAGCCCCUACACUACCAGAAUCUCUACCCUCAGAGUCAACGCCACCUGAAUCUAUACCCCCUGAGUCUACAGCAUCCGAAACACCAAGUAUACAGACACCGAACGAACCCCCCCAAAUUACUGAGGGCCGUACCAGUCCCCCUGAAAGUCCCCAGGAGCCAACCAAGGCUGCCAGUGAGACCAUUGGUAGCCCUGAUGUAACGCAACCUGGUAUCACGGACCAGGGGACAGCCAUUCGCCCUACUUCUACUUCUAGCCCCGCAGGCGAAAUAGACCUCCAAGACGCUGAUCUGGGUCCAAACGCAAGGUUUAUCUUAAUCGGCGGUGAGCCAGCAAUUCUGCUAACAGCCCCACCUAACGGCGAGGCAUCCUUCAGUCUCAACAUAAGUUUACCACCAAAUAUCACGCCCGGGGAACUCGUCAACCUGCUAGCAUCAAUCAGAGUUGAGUCUAAUGGGACGUCCAUGCCACGAGCCAGGUCUCUCUUCAGGCGCGAAAUGACAGGCUCUCGUCUCCGGAUGAUUCUGGAUGAGAAGUCUAUCUAUGAUAAAGAACUUGAGACUACUGGCGAGGUCUGGGAGUAA